AGCGUUUGUCCUUUGUCUAAUGUAAACAAACAUGGGUGGCAAGACGGUCGCUUAUUUCUAUGAUCCUGACGUCGGGAAUUUUCACUAUGGCCCAGGGCAUCCGAUGAAACCACACAGACUCUCCAUUACACACAGUCUCGUUUUACAUUAUGGGCUGUAUAAGAAGCUACAAAUCUACAGACCCUACAGAGCAAACUUCCAUGAUAUGACAAGAUUUCAUUCUGAAGAAUACAUAGAUUUUCUUAUGCGUGUCUCUCCGCAAAAUGCUCAGAACUUCACAAAGAAUUUGGGGCAAUUUAAUAUGGCAGAUGACUGCCCAGUGUUUGAUGGCUUGUAUGACUUCUGCUCCAUGUACACUGGGGCCUCAUUAGAGGGAGCUGUCAAGCUGAACCACAAUUGUUGCGACAUUGCUGUCAAUUGGUCGGGGGGUUUGCAUCACGCCAAGAAAUUUGAAGCCUCAGGAUUCUGUUAUGUUAAUGAUAUUGUAAUAGCCAUUCUAGAAAUGUUAAAGUAUCAUCCAAGAGUACUGUAUAUUGAUAUAGACAUUCAUCAUGGCGAUGGAGUACAAGAGGCUUUCUACCUCACAGACAGGGUUAUGACAGUUUCUUUCCACAAAUAUGGGAAUUAUUUCUUCCCAGGAACUGGUGACAUGUUUGAAAUUGGACAUGAGAGUGGCAGAUAUUAUUCAGUGAAUGUGCCCUUAAAGGAGGGUAUUGACGAUGCCAGCUACAUCCAGGUCUUCAAACCCGUCAUUGAAGGUGUGAUGGAGUUCUACCGUCCAACAGCCAUUGUUCUUCAGUGUGGUGCAGAUUCCCUUUCUGGAGACCGGCUUGGCUGCUUCUCACUCUCCACAAAGGGCCAUGGAGAGUGUGUGAGCUUCACAAAGAAAUUUGGUGUUCCACUAUUAGUGUUGGGAGGUGGUGGAUACACUCCAAGAAAUGUUGCAAGAUGUUGGGCUUACGAAACAGGAUUGCUCGUGGAUAGCGACAUGCCAACAGAAAUUCCUUACAACACAGAGUAUUUCCAGUACUUUGCUCCAGAUUUCUCGCUCCACCCAGAGGUGAUAACGCGGCAGGAAAAUGGAAAUAGUCGGCAGUACCUGGAUGCUAUUGUAAAGCAUGUGUAUGAUAAUUUAAGAAUGGUUCAACAUGCUCCUAGUGUCCAGAUGCAGGAUGUCCCAGGAGAUGGUCUAAGUAUUAAGGAGGAGGAAGAGAUUGACCCAGACUCUCGACUACACAUCAGUGAAGAAGAUAAGAGAGUGGAACCAGAGAAUGAGUUUUACGAUGGAGAAAAGGAUAAUGAUAAAGAUGCUGACAGUGAUGCCAAUAUCCCAACGUCGAAGAACUAAGAGGAUGUCCAGUCUGGAAGUAAGAAGUAAGGUCUUCCUUGUUUCACAUAGGAACAAAGAGGAACUUGGGAAGACAAGUGUGGGAUUGUCUUCCUCCCCUGGAAGGGGAAAUUAAAGUGGAAAGAGUGAAGGCAAGAUGUAAAUGAAAAAAAUAAAAGGAGUGUGCUAGUGCAAAUUGCAAGCAAAUAAUUUGAAUUGACUUGUAAAGUACAGUAUUAUCAAAAUAGUUUAUAUAUAUAAUGCUUUAGAUUUCAUAACUAAGACAAAAACAAAAACUUUUAAAGAAAAUUAUACAUGGAAAGUUUUAUGUUUUAUUUUGAUAUUUUGUGGAAAAAGAAGGGAAAGGUCUUCCCAAAAAGAGAAAAUUAGGCAAAUCAUUUGCAAGAGAAAAAAAGUUUAUAUUAUGCUGUGUUUGAAAUCCUUCCCAGUUUCUUGUGCUAAGAAUCAUUUCAGGUAGGAGAGGAGAGACACAAAAGGAGUUGAUCUCAGAGGAAAGUUUGUCUUUUUUAGCAAUUAAUAUUUUCAUAAUCAGAACCAUUGUUGUGUGAAGCAAUAGGAAAGCAUAACAGUCUGUAUUCGACAUCAUUGUACAUUUUUUUCCCUUUUUCCGGUGGGUGGGAUUUCUCGAAGAAGACUGAGUACAUAUUUGUGUAAGAAACUGAUAGAUUGGAGAUGUAUAUAUUUAUCCUGCAGAUAUGAGAAGGAUUUUAGUGCAGUUUUACUUAAGUAAUUGUAAAUUAUCAUAAUUGAUAAAGAGAA